AUGGCAGCUCCAGCUAUCGGCAUCGACCUGGGCACCACGUACUCGUGCGUGGGCGUGUUCCAGCACGGCAAGGUCGAGAUCAUCGCCAACGACCAGGGCAACAGGACCACGCCCUCCUACGUCGCCUUCACCGACACCGAGAGACUCAUCGGAGACGCCGCCAAGAACCAGGUGGCCAUGAACCCCAGCAACACAGUGUUCGAUGCUAAACGUCUGAUCGGUCGCAAGUUCGACGAUUCAACUGUUCAGAGUGACAUGAAGCACUGGCCUUUCACUGUGAUCAGCGAGGGCGGCAAACCAAAGUUGAGAGUGGAAUUCAAGGGAGAAAGCAAGACCUUCAACCCUGAGGAGAUCUCGUCCAUGGUGCUGACCAAGAUGAAGGAGACAGCCGAAGCCUACAUGGGGAACAGUGUGAAAGACGCCGUGAUCACGGUGCCCGCCUACUUCAACGACUCCCAGCGACAAGCCACCAAGGACGCCGGAACCAUCGCGGGCAUCAAUGUUCUUAGGAUCAUCAACGAACCCACAGCCGCCGCCAUUGCUUAUGGACUGGACAAGAAGAGCGUAGGAAAGGGAGAGCGAAACGUGUUGAUCUUCGACCUGGGAGGCGGUACCUUCGACGUGUCCAUCCUGAGCAUCGACGACGGAGUGUUCGAGGUGAAGGCAACAGCCGGCGACACGCAUUUGGGAGGCGAAGACUUCGACAACAGGAUGGUUAGUCACUUCACUCAAGAGUUUCACAGGAAGUUCAAGAAGGAUCUCACUACCAACAAACGCGCACUUCGACGUCUUCGAACUGCUUGUGAACGAGCCAAGCGAACUUUGUCUUCGUCCACACAAGCCAGUCUGGAAAUUGAUUCUCUGUUCGAAGGCAUUGACUUUUACACUUCCAUCACCCGUGCAAGGUUUGAAGAGCUUUGUUCUGACCUUUUCCGAGGAACUCUAGAACCCGUGGAGAAAGCUCUACGAGAUGCUAAAUUAGACAAGACAAGCAUCCACGAAAUCGUGUUGGAACUGAACAAGUCCAUCAACCCAGAUGAAGCUGUUGCUUACGGUGCUGCAGUUCAAGCAGCCAUUUUACGUGGUGAUCAGUCUGAGACUGUGAAAGACAUGUUACUUCUUGAUGUGACUCCACUUUCAAUGGGUCUUGAGACAGCUGGAGGAGUCAUGACUGUGCUUAUCAAGCGCAACACCACAAUUCCCACCAAACAUUCUCAGAUCUUCACUACAUAUUCUGACAAUCAACCAGGUGUUCUCAUUCAGUUUGAACUAAGUGGCAUUCCUCCAGCUCCUCGUGGAGUGCCACAGAUCGAAGUCACUUUCGACGUGGACGCCAACGGUAUCCUCAACGUGACAGCGGUAGACAAGUCCACAGGGAAGGAGAACAAGAUCACCAUCACCAACGACAAGGGUCGUCUCAGCAAAGAGGAAAUCGACAGAAUGGUCAAUGAAGCAGAAUCGUAUCGGGAACAAGACGCUAAACAACGAGAUCGCAUUGAAGCCAAGAACCGACUUGAAUCACUUUGUUUCAGCGUCAAAUCAUCCGUAAAUGAACCUUCAGUGUGUGGCAAGGUGUCUGCCGAUGAAAAGCGUCGUGUGGAAGACAAGGCAGAAGAAACGCUGAGGUGGCUGGACGCCAAUCAGUUGGCAGAGAAAGAAGAAUACGAGUACAAGAUGAAGGAAUUGGAAGAGGUGUGGCGGCCGAUAGCCAGUAAAAUCCAUGGAUCAGCUGGAUCCCCUGGAUACAGUGCUUCCCCAGGAAACGGUCCCACUGUGGAAGAAGUUGACUAA